UAUAUAUAUAUACAUUUAAGGGACCACAUUGCAUUAAAAAUUUCCAUGUUUAUCUGAAACUGGUUUUUCAGGCAAUGAAACAGUGCACAAGCAACUACUAUAUGAGGCCACCCUACCCGUGUCUUCCGAUACUACUCAGUAAUUAUCAUUUCAUCAACUGAUCUCAAGUCAAAUAGCUAGACAGGUAUUAACAUGGAGUCCAACAGCAAGCGUCGAGGGUUCUUCAAGGGGAAACUGACGCCAUUCUACCGAGCAGUUAAAGGGGUACCGACUAGGCAGUACAGCAGCAAGGUGAAGCCAAACCAAGGUUCUUCGACAUCAGCUUCGAUCAGCUUUCGAGUUCACCAGGAUUACAUGAUUUCCCAACCAAAACAGAUCUCAUACAUUGUACCAGGUGACAAGAACCGAGAAAAUUUGAGCCAAAUCGACAACUUCUUCGGCGUUACUGGUGAUGAAAGUGUUGAUAUUAAGGCUGCUACUUACAUCUCUUCUGUUCAAGAACGUUUCAAGCUUGAAACACAAAAUUCUUAAUUACUAGGUGCUGCAUUAAGUAAUAAAAUUUCCUUUUGCCAGUUGCCGUAUGCAAGAAGUUUUUCAUUUUGUGCACACAAUAUGAAGACUUUACAUAUUGGUCUGUGAUUGUCUUAUUAUGCAUAAUUAAGCAUGGUUAGUCUUGUUUUUAGGUUGAGGCGCAUUUGACUUUUUAGUUUGUACUGCAGUGCAUGAGUUUGUAAUAACAGUGAAAGUAAGUUAAUUUGAUGUAGAAA